UGGUCAGUGGAGCAAAUUGUUAUGGUAUGACGAAAUGGUUGUGUAUCUUGCUGUUAGUAAUCAAGUGUGACUUCUGAACGUGCUGCAAAGUCUUGUUAUAAUCAAGAUUAAAUCAUUCUUGUCGAUAAACCAGUGAAUGUUUAUUAGUAUUGAAUAAUUGUUCUAAGAGAAAAUGUCAGUUGUUCUUCGAUUAAAAAGGAAAGCAUGUAAUGAGCCGGUAGAAGGUUUAGUUGUUGCUUUAAAACGAUCGAAAUUUGAUGAGACUUCAAAUACAAAUGAAGUUUUCUUCAAAUUUGCUGCAACUUUGAAAAGUGAAACUGAAUCUGUUAAAGAUCACAUUCAAGCAGUACUUUCCAAAGACAAAGCUCAAAGAUUUUCAAAAUGGCGUGAUCCCAAAAGUGUUGUUUCUAGUCAAAAGAAUGUGCAUAGCUUAUAUGAAAAACUUAGGAGAGAAAACAAAGCUGCUAGUGAAAAGAAAAAAUUAGAUUUACUCAACAAUCGAAGGCUCAUUUUAUCGGAAACAGUUCCAAUUGAAGAAGAUGUAAACAUAACCCCUGAAAAUGCUGAAGUUCGUAAACUUUUUCAGCUUUAUGAUAUUAUUGAAGAAUCAGAAGAUGUAAAGAAACAGGCAGAAGAAGCAGAGAGUAACAUCACAUGCAAUGACCAACCUCUAGUCAGAGAAAAAUCAGGAGAUUAUGUAUAUGAUGUAUAUAUAGCUAAUGGUCAGAUAGAUAAUUCUUUUGUAGAGAAUCCUAUCAGUGUGAGACCAUGUACUAUGACAGAAGAUGACAUUUACUCUGGUGACAGUGAUAAUGAUGGUGAAUGUUAUGAAGAUGAAGAUGACAGCAAUGAUGAGAAUAAUUGGAGGAAUGAAUAUCCUGAAGAUGAAUCAUCCAAUUCUGAAUCUGACCAGGGUUCUGAUGAAUAUGAAUCGGAAGAGUAUGACCCUUACUGUCAACCUGGUAUCAGAAAUUUGCGAAUAGAUGAUGAGUGUGAAGAUGAUUAUUGUCAUGAUAGUGAUGAUGAAGAUGAUGGAGACUAUGAUAGAUCAAAAAUUCUCAUGGAACUCAAUGAUUCAAGUGACUGAAAUGUUUUGUCUCUACUCAAGUCAAGCAUAUCUGUGUUAUAUAUUGUUAUAGCAAUUCAUGAAACUAUUUUUAUGCUAAAAGAUUUUGUUCAGGAAUUAUUAUGAAACAGAAAAAUUGCAUUUUAAAUUAUCUUGGAAGAAUUUUGAUAUUUACUGUAUAUAAAUGUCAUCUUGAUAUCUAUACUCAUUAAUAUUGUUAGGAAAAAUUUUGUAAGAUUUUGCAUAUAAACUUUUUCCAAGAAUUAUUUUAACUUUUAUAUUAAUUGUAUUUUCAGGAUAAUCUAGUUUUGUUUUAAUUAUUUAAAAUCCAUGACAGUAUUGAUUAUUGUUUCACUAGCUGGCAAGAGUUUAGUUGCUAUUAAUAAUAAUCUUAUUUUGCUGAGAACAAAAAGAAAAAAGUUUCUAUUAAAUGGAUGUUUUAUAAAAACAUUAUAUGAAGUUAUUUGUUUGGAAAGAUCAAUUUCGUUAAACAUAUUUAUCAUUUACUUUUUUUGUGUAUGUAUUAUUCUUAGUGCAGGAUAAUGCAUUAUUAAAAGAUAUUAUAUUUCAUUGGCAGAUAUCACCUAGACUAGCAUUUCAUUAUAAAGAUAUUUUUAUCACUAUUCAAAUUAUAACUUCUGUAUAGAUAAAUAUUUUUAAUGUGCUUCUUCAUCAGAUGUUAUUUUUGUAUUUGAUGAGCAUUUUGCUGCUUUGAAUCUGUUUUUAAUCCUCAAACCUUGCUGUAUUAAGUUAAUGUUUCAAGAACUUUUGAAAUUUGGCAAACAUAUUUUUUUUAUAUUAUGUUUUUACAUAUGCAUUUAGUAUAGUUGUUAAUAAAAUUUAAUUUCCAUUUGGUGGACAGAAUGCUGUUUGUUAUAUUUAAUUAUAUUUUAUAUGCAAGUAAAAUACAUUGCAAUGCUUUUAAACUACCUCUGUUAUUUGUGCAAUAUUUAAAUUAUUAUGCUUUUAUUUCAUGUCCUUUGUGUAAAAUCCAUAUUUAGUAUCAAUUGUCUAAUUGUUUUGAGAUCUGAUUAUUGUUUAAAAUUAAGAUGCCAUUUUUCGAAAUUUAAGUUUUGAUAUAAAAUAUAUAUUUUCAUAUAUUUCAAUUACUUGCAAUCAGCAUUAAAAAAAAAACAAGAAAUGCUUGUUUUAAAAAUUAUGCUGAAUGUCUCAAUAGCUCUUAUUAAAUAAUUUAAAGGCAACAAUAUUUUGCUUUCAAAAAUUCUUAAAGAAAUUCUUUGGAAUGACGAAAAUAAACCACCAACUGGUAUUACUUUUAAAAAAUCUCAUGUUAAAGUGUUCAGAACUUACUUAAGUUGUAUGUGUAUUCUUGCAUAUGUGUCGUUUUUGUAAAGAAAUUUUGCUAAAUGUAUCUAUAAGUAUGCUUGUGAUUUUGUAACAUUUCUUUUGUACAUAU